UACUUACGCAGAUCAAAAGGAUAAGAACAAAUUUUCCCCAAAUUUGAAAAUUUCGAUCAUUUCUUAUUAGCUUCUCUUACGGAUGGAUCUUACUUUCAGUCACAGAUUUGUGAAGGUUAAUGGAAUCAAUAUGCACAUCGCCGAGAAAAGUCCCUCCGUCGCCGGGAACGGUGCUUUUGACGGGGCUUUACGACGUCCGGUGAUACUCUUUCUCCACGGAUUCCCGGAGCUCUGGUACACGUGGCGACACCAGAUGGUGGCACUUUCUUCGUUAGGUUACCGGACAAUCGCGCCGGACCUGCGCGGAUACGGCGACACCGAGGCACCAGAGAGCGUGGACGCGUACACAAGUCUACACGUGGUCGGAGAUCUGAUUGGAUUGAUCGACGCGGUGGUCGGAGAUCGUGAGAAGGUGUUCGUGGUGGGACACGAUUGGGGCGCAAUUAUCGCUUGGAAUCUCUGUCUUCUUCGACCGGAUAGAGUCAAGGCUCUGGUCAACAUGAGUGUGGUGUUCGAUCCUUGGAAUCCUAAGAGGAAACCGAUCUCGACCUAUAGAUCAUUCUAUGGCGAUGACUACUACAUCUGCAGAAUUCAGGAGUAUGGGGAAAUAGAGGCGGAAUUCGCUAAAGUUGGCACGGAACGAGUUCUCUUAGAGCUCUUAACGUAUCGUAAUCCUGGUCCUAUACUCUUACCUAGAGGAAAAAGCUAUGAUGAUCCCGUUUCACUGCCCUCUUGGCUAACUGAGUAUGAUGUCAAAUAUUACGUUUCCAAGUACGAGAAGAGUGGCUUCACUGGACCAUUAAACUACUACCGAAACAUGGACCGAACAUGGGAGCUGAUGGGGCCACUCUCAAAGGCUCAGGUGAAAGUUCCGGUUAAGUUCAUAAUCGGCGACCAAGACUUGACGUAUCACAUCCCAGGCACCAAGAAGUACAUCCAAGAAGGCCGGUUUAAGAGCCACGUACCGUUGUUGGACGAAGUUGUGGUAAUGAAAGGCGUUGGACAUUUUCUCCAUGAGGAAAGUCCUGACGAGAUAAGUAAACACAUCCACGACUAUUUUCUCACUUUUUAGAGCCAUUUAUAAUGUAUUUAGGGAUCAUAUAUUCCACAGUAAAGCAGGAAACGAGAAAUAUGCAAAGUUUGUAUAGCUAAGCGUGAUAACAACAUUUUUGUGAUCUUUUUGUCAAACAAAUUUUGGCUAUGAGAUUGUCAAAUGCCAUUUACUUACGA